UGGAGACGCGAAUAGACUGCUCACCGCUCUGCGCCGGCCCGGUCGAGUCCGCUCCUCGAGUCCUCGCCCAAGUUCAAUGUCAAGUCGUCAGCACCUUGAAUUCGUUUUAUCAUCAAACCAGUUUCGGCUCUACGAAUGUCGAAUUGCGGCAGUCCGGUGCCGUUGUCGAGUCCGCCAGUGCGAUGUGAAUGCACCAGUGCGUGCGUAAACUGUGCAGCGAAACAAAAAUUGUGUUAGGUACCAGCGCCCUUCGAACAUGGGUGUCUUCGAGUGGAUCGGUUUAGGUUAUGUUUCGUACCUGUUUCUGUACGCCGUUUUCCUGUGCUUGUCGGACUGCGAUCUCGGGCUCCUAUUGGCCACCAAGUUCGGGAAAGGCAUCGGGAAAUUUAACAAAAAAGUAGUCUGGAUCACCGGAGCAUCAAGUGGGAUUGGCGAGCACUUGGCGUUGGUUCUUGCAAAGGCCGGAGCGAAACUCGUGCUGUCUGCUCGAAGUGAAACUAAUUUAGAAAGAGUUAAGCAAAAAUGUUUAGGAGCAGAUGGAAUUACAUCAGAGGAUAUUCUCAUUAUACCAAUGGAUGUCACUGAUUUCAGUCAGCAUCAACAGCACUUUAACAAAGUAUUGAGCCAUUUUGGUCAGUUGGACAUCCUUGUAAACAAUGCCGGUAGAUCACAGCGAGCAAGCUGGGAGGACAUUCAAUUGGAUGUGGACAAACAAAUGUUUGACCUAAAUGUUUUUGGAACAAUAUCCUUGUCUCGGAUAGCAGCAAGAUACUUUUUAGACAGAGGAUCUGGUCAUAUUGCAGUGACAUCAAGCAUAGCUGGUGUUUUGGGAGCACCUUUCUCUGGCAGUUACACCGCAACUAAACAUGCUAUUCAUGGUUACUUCAAUUCUUUACGUCGAGAAAAAUUAGGUACAAAUCUUGCCAUAACACUGUUGUGCCCAGGCCCAACAUUCAGCAAUUUCCUUGCUGAAAGCUUUACAGACAAACCAGGGGAGAAAUUUGGGCAGCCCCAAUCUGCAACAGAUCGCAGAAUGACAACGGAACGCUGCGCAUACUUGUCCGCGAUAGCGAUUGCAAAUGAACUGAAUGAGGUGUGGAUGGGGCUCUUUCCGCUUUUACCUCUUGUGUAUAUUGCUGUAUAUUGUCCUGUGAUAACUAACUCGCUUGGUAGAUUUGUUGGAGCUAGUGCCUUGCAAAAACUCAGGGAUACAAAAGUAGCAGUAGAUGAAAGCAAAAGAAAUGAUGCAUCCAGUUAGGUGCUUCUGAGAAAAUUGCACUACAAUUGAGCCUGGCUCAAUCACUCAGAGGUAGCUUGACUGUAUUGAGUACCUACUCACACAUUGCCCACUUUCUUCUACUUCAUAUUUCUGACAGAAAACUAAAUGAUGCAACUGUUAGAAUAUCACCGCACCGCAUCAGCAUUAUCAACAAGUGAAUCUGUCUCACUCUCAUUAACCUUAAUUACUUGAUCGACAAGAUAAUAGAAUUGAAACGCUCGCUUGUAAUUUUCUUCCAACUUGUUCACUCUGUACUUCUCCUUGUAGUAACUCCUUUGUGGAAAGAUGAAUAAAUAAGUCAAUAUUAAGUA